CGGGUUGAUUUGUGGUAGUUAAUAGGCCUACCACAUUGCGACGGCGAAUGAUUUGUAUUGUGGUCUCCGCUUCAUGAUGACGACUCCAAAUACAUCCCAAGUGGGAGACAAACGACAACACAACAAAGUACAGGUAUACUAGUCUAGGCAAAUUGAGAGAGAGAGAGAGAGAGAGAGAUAUAUCUUUGAAGGAAUUGGUGAAGAUGGUGAGCAAAACAGAGGAAGCACAAGUGAACAGGUUGGAGAAUCAGGUGGACAAUGGAGGAGGAGGUGCUUGGGAGUACCUUUGUCUCGUUCGGAAGCUCAAGCUUCGACGCUCCGACAAGGUCUUGAAGCAUGGCUUGUCGAUCUUGAACGACCCUACUAAGCGAUCUAGUCUCGGCCCUGAAGAAUGGACUUUGUAUGAGCAGGUUGCUAUUGCAGCUAUGGAUAGCCAAUGCCUUGAUGUUGCAAGGGACUGCAUAAAGGUUUUACAAAAGAAAUUCCCUGAGAGCAAGAGGGUUGGUCGGUUAGAAGCAAUGCUGCUUGAAGCUAAGGGAUUGUGGGCGGAGGCAGAAAAAGCUUACUCAAGCCUUUUGGAGGAUAAUCCACUGGAUCAAGUAAUUCACAAGAGGAGGGCAGCUAUGGCAAAGGCCCAAGGCAAUCUUUCAGGGGCCAUUGAAUGGCUAAAUAAAUAUCUGGAAAUAUUUAUGGCAGAUCAUGAUGCCUGGAGGGAACUCGCUGAAAUAUAUGUCUCUCUACAAAUGUACAAGCAAGCCUCUUUCUGCUACGAAGAGCUAAUCUUAUCUCAACCAACAAAUCCACUGUAUCACCUAGCCUAUGCCGAUGUGCUUUACACACUUAGUGGACUGGAAAACCUUCAGACAGCUAAGAAAUAUUAUGCAUCUGCAAUAGACUUGACCGGUGGCAAGAACACCAGAGCACUUUAUGGUGUUUGCUUGUGUACGUUUGGCAUCGGACAGCUGACAAAAGGACGUAACAAGGAUGACAAAGAGAAGUCAGAGUUGCAAUCUCUGGCAGUGACAGCAUUGGAGAAAGACUACAAGCACACAGCUCCCGGCAAGCUUUCUUUGCUUAGUUCGACCUUGAGAAGCUUAAAACUUUCAUCAUAACUAUUCUUCCCUUUUGAUUGGAGCUUUUAAUUAUUGCCCCCUUACUCCGAAUUCAAAGGGGGCCUAACUACAGUUUAGUCAAUUUCUGGUUUUUUGUCGUACUCUAUAUUGUUUUUUUUCAGUUCCUAAAAUGAGGAUGUAUUUCUUUGAAUGCGAAAUAAUAAACAUGUGUUUUAGUUUUUAUUGCCCUCUAGCCAAAUUCGAGAUAAUAUAUUUUUUGUUGAUUCCGUGGAA